AUGGGAGCAGGUGGUGUGAUCCUUCGCUUCUUUAAUCUUUUCCUGCGGGUACUGCAGUUCCUCGACGGUGCCGUCAUUCUUGGCAUCUUCUCCUACUACCUGGCCCUUCUCUCCAGGAAUAAUCAACACAUCGAAACAUGGGUUAAGGCCGUCGAAGGCCUGGCAGGCGCAGCCACUCUCUAUGGCCUCCUAGGCAUGAUCCUGACCUGCUGUCUGGGUGGUGUGGCGUUUUUCGCCUUCCUGGGUGUCGCUUUGGACAUCUGCUUCGUGGGCGCCAUGGUCGCGAUUGCCAUCUUGACCCGCAAGGGAGUCGGCAAGUGCACCGGCACAGUCGACACCCCACUGGGAUCAGGAAACGCCAACGACGACACCUUCUCCAAGGGCUUGACCUUCGGCAUGACCUGCACACUGGAGAAGGUCGUUUUCGCCGUGGCCAUCAUUGGAAUUUUCCUCUUCUUGGUCUCCAUUCUCUUCCAGGUUCUGCUCGCUCGCCACCACAAGCGUGAGAAGCGCUUCGGUCCUUCGCCUUCCAACAACUACACCCACGGUAGCCGUGGGGCCUUCUGGCGCCGCAACAAGAACCACCCCGAAGCCACCGGGGCUGCUGAUACUCUGCCGGGUCAUCCCACCCCGCAUGACGUCGAAAUGGGCGCGGAGCCCAAGACGGAGAAGAAAUGGUAUAGCUUCGGGCGCAAGGACAACGCCGCAACCAACGGUGCCGCAGCCCCUGCCCAGAAUGGUGGCUAUGGCUACGGGAACUCGGCCUACACGGGCAACAUCUAA